AAAUAUUUUGAAUCAAUCGAAAAAAAAAAAAACAUAACAAGCGGCGCGAGAUUAACCCGUUGGUGUUGUGAGAAAAUAAAUGCAGAAAAGAAAUUGGGGAACGAAAUGGCUAACUCCAGGUGAAUAAUUGUGAAUGUGCAGCACAGGGCAUGGAUUAACGCAUCGAAGGAAUAUUGUUGUCGAUGCAGCCAGGAUGGCCGGCAAUAUGCGCUAUCCACAAUGCCCAGUGGAUCAAAAAUCAUUGGAACGUGGCUGCUUCUGAAGCAGAUCCAGCCACCAUGCCAUCAAAGAAAAAGGGAUCGGCCGAUGAAAAGAAAGCGGGGUGUCGGUGUUUGUGUGUGUUGAUGCUGUUGAUGCUGGAAGCUCCUGUGGUUGCUUGGUGCAAAUUUUGUAGCUGCUGUAAUGUACGGCUGCUUUGGAAUGGCGCAAAUUGGAUAGGCUCAAAUUGGAACUCCUCGGAUUGGCUCAAAAAGCUGGGCGCUGGCAAUUAAAAGUUCAAAUAUUACGGCGCUGAAGG